GGGAGGGGUAAGUCACACCCCACCACUUGGACGAUCCAGGCGGCGCACAGCGCCGCGACGCCUUUGUAGCUUUUAGGACAGCGUACACGUCUUCGAGCGUCGUCAGGGAUAAAGGCACCCCUUGUUUCUUGUUCUUGUUAGACCAGUCACCACACAACCGCCGCCAUGGACGCGAUCAAGAAGAAGAUGCAAGCGAUGAAGCUUGAGAAGGACAAUGCGGCGGACAAGGCCGAUGCGAUGGAAGGACAGGCCAAGGACGCCAAUGCCCGUGCGGAAAAAGUCAACGAAGAGGUCCGCGAACUCCAGAAGAAACUCCAACAAGUCGAGAUGGACUUACAACAGACCAAGAACCAAUUGGAACAAUCUAAUAAGACUUUGGAAGAAAAGGAAAAAGCUCUCGUCACCGCCGAAUCUGAAGUAGCCGCACAGAACAGAAAGCUCCAGCUUAUUGAAGAGGACCUCGAACGCUCUGAAGAACGUCUGGCCACCGCUACCACCAAAUUGGCUGAAGCUUCCCAAGCUGCUGAUGAAAGUUCACGUAUGUGCAAAGUAUUGGAAAACCGUGCCCAGCAAGACGAGGAACGUAUGGAACAACUAAGCAACCAAUUGAAAGAAGCCCGUAUGCUCGCUGAAGAUGCUGACAACAAAUCCGAUGAAGUUUCCCGCAAGCUGGCCUUCGUUGAAGAUGAACUUGAAGUAGCUGAAGACCGUGUUAAAGGUGGUGAUGCCAAGAUCAUGGAACUGGAAGAAGAAUUGAAAGUCGUCGGUAACUCUCUGAAAUCUUUGGAAGUAUCCGAAGAGAAGGCCAACCAGAGAGUCGAAGAAUUCAAGAAACAACUGAAAUCUUUGACCGUUAAAUUGAAGGAAGCUGAAGCUCGCGCUGAAUUUGCUGAAAAGACCGUCAAGAAGUUGCAGAAGGAAGUUGACAGGCUUGAAGACGAACUUGGUAUCAACAAAGACAGAUACAAGUCCUUGGCUGACGAGAUGGACUCCACCUUCGCCGAAUUGGCCGGUUAUUAAAAAAGAAACACCAUCCAACUUCCAUCAUCAGAUUAUUACCGAAGAAACGGAAAAAAUAUCGUGUAUAUUGUUGUAAUUUUGAUGUAAACUUAAUAUUAAUUAAUUUAUUUUAACGCACCAUUAUUAUUAUUACCAUUAUUAUACUCAACACCUUGUAUAAUAAAUUCGUUUUAUCCUUC